AUGCUGCACCGCCGGAGCUUGGAAACCCUGGCUAAUAUUGCCAAGCAUCCUACUCUCGGCCCAGCGGUCAAGGAGCCGCCUUCAGAGGCCCUCUUAGAGAUAGUUGAUGGCAUAAAACGCGAGGAAAGUGGUUUGGGCGAAGAAACCGAAGAAGAAGACGAAGGAGGGGAAGAAGGAAAUGCAAGCGAUGAAGAAGCUAGUAGAAGCGGCGACGGCCAGCUCCCUCACCUACGUGGCCUGCAUGAAGAAGCCUAUCAUAAAGCCUUUAAGGACCAGCAGGAACUUAUCCGCCGCGGAGACGACAUUAAGCAUCUCACCCAUGCGCUGAGAGGCCUCACUAAUUGCGUUAUUUUUAGAGUCACAGACGCCAAUCGAGUCUGGGGCCUAAGGCGUUUGCGGAGGGAAAUCGGUAUAUUACCUCAGAGAUGUGUGACCUUUACGUCGCCGGAAAGUAUUAAGCUUGUCCGUCGACUGUUACAUGCUUUUUUCACUGCGCUUGCUGAGAGCCACGCUUCCAUUGAGUUUCUGGAGAUCGCUUCUGGCUGCAUUGUCGAUAAUGCCAACCGCAUAAGCGCCGACAUGCUUGUGAAGCCCUCAUCUCCCAUUCUCAACAACUUUCGCCUCAAUACCCUGACAACUCUACAUCUCAGCCUCGACUCGAAAUCCCCAGAGCACAACGCCACUUCUGUUAAUUGGACAUACGAUCUCAUUCGUUUUAUUGAACGGUUUCCGGAGCUCUCCGAGGUGUUCCAUGAAUGA